AGUUGAAACAUGGUUGGAAUCAAAUGGCAGGAAGAAUUAUCAGAAGUGUCAAAGAAGACAUACACCCUCAUGUGCGUUGGGCAGCUUUAUAUACAAUAAAACAAUUAUCCAAGCAUCUGAAACCUGAAUUUCAAGACAAGUAUCAUGAAAAGGUGAUGCCUGCAUUAACCAAAGCCAUGGAUGAUUUCAAUAAUCCCCGUGUUCAGAUGCAAGCUUAUUUAGCGCUGUUCGACUUCACCUGGAACUGUUCUUCAAGUACUCUGAAACCUCACCUGAAGGAAAUUGUCAACAAAUUGCUCAAACAAUUACAGAAAGUAAAUCAUAUGGUCCAGGGCGAAACUUUAAAAGUUUUGUCAGCAGUAGCUCAUUCAUCACAGGAUCACUUUGCAGAGUAUUAUAGUAGUGUCAUGCCUUAUCUUAAAGUUAUAAUGAUGACUGCAAAUGAAGAACUUGACCACAAGCAUCUUGCCGAUUCCGUGGAGUGCAUAACUAUGGUUUGGUUGGCUGUAGGAAAGGAUAAGAUCAGAUCUGAUAUUGAAAUGGUUGUGCAAUUGCUCCUCUCUUUACAAGGAUCAAAAUUAGAGGAAAAUGAUCCAAUGAGAAGUCAACUGUUGCAAGCAUGGGCCAGACUCGGGAAAUGCUUGGGACAUGAAUUCAAACCUUAUAUGAGUGUUGCCAUUCCGCGGUUGCUUAAAUCUGCUAAAAUUGGAUCAUAUGUCAUUAUACCUGAGAAUCCUGACGAUGUUGAUGAAUCGGAUGGCAGUAUCAGGGCCCUGAUUGUUGGAGAUAGAAAGAUUUGGAUCAAAACUAAGGUCCUGGAGGAGAAACUCACAGCUUGUAAAGGGCUGUAUUUACUGGCUGAUGAGUUGAAGCAAGGCCUUUCGGUAUGGAUUGAAAAGGUUGCUCGGACUUUAGUUCCACGUCUCAAAUUUGCACACAGUGAAGAAAUCCGAAGAGUUGCUGCUUCAGCCAUGCCAGUGCUAUUAAAAUCAUCUAAAGUAGCAACACAAGAAGGGUAUCUUGAGUGGUCUGCUGACGAAUCUCCUUUUAAGAAGUUAUACUCUUAUGUGGUACCGGCUCUGGUUAAAGCUCUAAGUAUGGAAUCAUUGCUUGAGAUUACGGCAGUAAUUUUGGACUCAUUGGAUGAAUGCAUGAAGAUGUCUGAACAUGUACUAGAUGAAGACCAGACUGACCUGUUCUUAAAAGCGAUAAUGAAUGUUCUGCAAAAGAUUUCAUCUCUUUCAAGAAGCAAAGUUGGGGCUAUUGAAGGAAUAAAUCAGACAUUACCAGAUGAGGAAAAUGGGGAAGAACAGAAAGUUUAUGACAAAGCGGCUGCUUGUUUGACCACUUUCAUCAUAACACACAAGAACUCUUUCUCACCAUUCAUCGGCAAGCUUGCGCCAUGCAUAGAACUUAUGUGGGUAAAGGAUAGAAUAGUCGAAGAGCGAAGAAUUGCCUUGCAUGUAUUUUGUGAUGUUGCGAAGCAAUUCCAAGAAGAAGCAUUUAGGCGGUGCAAGAUUAGUCUUCUAUUUCUGUUUAAAGCAUGCAAGGAUGAGAACCCCGAAGUUCAAGAGGUAGCUGCGCAGGCAAUUGGUACAGCGGCAGAGUUUGGUGGGUCUGUAUUCAAGUCUUUUCUUAAAGGGGCUGUUUCUGCUUUAAAUGCGGUUAUGGGGCAUCCUAACGCAUUGCAGAUGGAAUAUGUAAUGGCCCAUGAUACUGCCGUUUCUGCUCUAGGAAAAAUUUUGCAGUUCCAUCGUGAAAAACUCAAAGCGGAAAAGGUUUUGAGGAUAUGGUUAGGCCAUUUGCCACUGAAAAAUAAUCUAGAGGAGGCCAAAGUUGUUCAUCGGCAGCUAUGUUCAUUGGUUGAAGUGUCAGAUGGGGAACUUCUAGGCACCCAAAAGGCUUAUCUUUCCGAAAUUGUUGCUGUUUACGCCGAGAUCCUGUGGGCAGGCAAGAAGUUAGCUACUGAGGAAACUGUAAACCAAAUGAUCAAGCAAUUGAAACUUCACAGUAGAAGGUCACCCCCUUCUACCUGGAGAUCUAUCAUGCUCUCCCUGGAACCCCAUCUGCAGAAGAAGUUGGAAUCCAUAUUGUUAUCCUAGAUUUCUAUUUACAGUGGGCAAUGUUGUCUGUCUCUCUUUAAAACGUUUGUGCUAAGCAACAAGUUUGCUCAUUGCUGCAUGCAUAUGAACUAUUCUUAUGUGCA